AUGCUCUUCAAGCCAGAAAACGCACACGUCAACGCUCUCUUCUCCCUCAAGGGCAAAGUCGCCUUCAUCACCGGCGGCUCGCGCGGAAUCGGUCUCGGCGCGGCUAUCGGCCUCGCUGAGGCUGGCGCAGACAUCGCCAUCACGUACAACUCGUCCUCGCCAGAGGCCAUGAAAAAGCUCGCAGACAGCUUCGCACAGUACGGCGUCAGAUUCAAGGCGUACAAAUGCAACGUCUCCAGCAAGGCGGCCAUCGAGACCACCACCCGCGAGGUCCUCGCAGAUUUUGGCCGUUUGGACAUUGUGGUCCCGAACGCAGGAAUCUGCAUCCACGAGCCGGCAGAGGACUUUUCUGAGGAAGACUUCAGAACACAGAUGUCGGUCAAUUUGGACGGAGCAUACUACACGGCCCAGGCUGCCGCCAAAGUGUUCAAGGAGCAAAAGGCAGCAGGAACAUUGGACCAGGGCCGGAUCGUUUUCACGGCCUCUAUUUCGUCGAUGAUUGUCAACUAUCCGCAGAAACAGGCCCCUUACAACGCCAGCAAGGCCGGCCUUGUCAGAUUGGCUACCUGCCUGGCGGUUGAGUGGAUCGACUUUGCCAGAGUCAACUGUGUCUCGCCUGGAUACAUCGACACCGAUAUGGUGGAUGUGCACCCACCAGAGUGGAAGAAAACGUGGGGGCAGAUGAUCCCUGCACAGAGAAUGUGCCAGACGUACGAGCUCAAGGGCGUGUACGUGUUCCUGGCCAGCGACGCGUCGUCGUACAUGACCGGCGCCGAGCUCGUUGUGGGCGGAGGCUACACUUUGACCUGA